AUGUCCCUGAGGGCCACCUCCCAUGGGGACCUGCAGGCGCUCUCCCUGGGGAGAACCCCGGUCCUGGACGGGGGGCUGUACAAGUCCUACUCCCUGAGCAGCAGCAACAUGAACAGCAGUGGCGUGCGCUUCGGGAAGGACGAAGGCAUGGAGGAGCUCAAGUCCAUCUCCAAGCCCUCGCUCACCAACCGCAGGCCUGUCCGCGCAGUCCGGCCCAUCAGCGCAGGGGGCACCUUCCUCCAGAUCAACCACCUGCAGGGGGAACUGGUCAGAAAGAGAAAGGAGUGUGAGGACCUGAAGAAGGAGAACAAGUACCUGUCCAAUGAGAUCUACAUGGAGAGGAUCAUGAUGCGGACAGAGAACGAGCUGACCAUGAGGAACCUGCGCAACCUUAACCAGGAGCUACAGGCCCAAGUGAAAGAGCUGAAACAGAAGCUGCACCUGAGCCAGCAGAGGGCCACACUGUGCUCCCGGGCAGCAGAGGAUGCAGAGCUGAAGCGCGGAGAGGCAGAGAAGACCAGGGCACUGGCGGAGGCACGAGCCAUGGACAGCCGUCAGGAGAUGGACGUAGCACUGGACAACAGGGCCAAAGUGAACGACGAACUGCAGCAGCUCAAAAAAGAGCACACAGAUGUCCAGCUGUCGUUAGCCAAAGCAGAGAAAAACUACUUUGAAACAAAGCUGAAGCUGGACAGAGUAUCCUCUGAGAAGCAUGUUCUGCUGGAGGAGAACCGAGGACUAGAGGAGGAGAGGAAGAACAUGCGGCACAGGCUGAAGGAACUCACAGAGGAGAAUGUGAAGAUCAGAGAGAAGGAGGUGAGCUCCAGACGCAGAGCUCUAGCGGCCGAUGAGCAGAGCGAGAGGUCCAGCAAGGCGCAGCAGGAGAGCGAGCAGGCCAGGCGGCUGGCAGAGAGGGAGCGGGAGGAGCGCACCGGCGAGUGCCUGGGCUGGAGGGAGAAGCACCAGACGCUGGAGAACGUCCUCAAGACUCAGGAGGACCUCAAGGCCCAGCGCAGGAACAAAGCAGAAGGAGAUCCCGUUUACAUCUCCACACCAGAACCAGCUAGUGAUGACACAGAGACAAGCUCGUCAUCAAGGACCAUGUUCAGAGUGUCUGCGCCUCGGGCAGGGAGGGAUUCUGGCCCCUCUUACUUCAGUGACCUUUCACCCAUGGGAGCAGACACUCCAGACCCAGGACUAGCCAGGAGGAGCAGGAAAGUGGUGGAAUACUUCUGGAUCCCCACAGAUGAGGAAUGA